AUGCUUCGAUUGCUUACUUCUUGCUGGUCUCAGGAGAAGAACACUGAAGAAUCAAGGAGGAGCGUAACACUUAUAAUCAUUGGUUUGGAAAAUUCUGGGAAAUCUGUUCUUUCGGAUGCUCUCCAAAGAUUGCUUCCCACAAGAAUGGAAAAAUAUAUGCAAUCUGACCUGACAACUCUGCUAUUAAACGACUGCAAUGUUUACGUCUAUGACCUGAAUGGAGACCCGAAGAGCCGAGAAUUAUGGCCAAACUACUACGCGCAGGCACAUGGGAUUGUUUUUGUGCUAGACUCCAGUGACUUAGAACGCAUGCAUGAAGUGAAAAUUAUCUUACCAAGUGUUCUGUCCGAUCCUAGAGUAGCAGGAAAACCCAUCUUACUCCUGGCAAAUAAACAAGACAAGACAGGUGCCCUCCUGACUGAGGAUAUUGCCAAGCAUCUACUCUUGGAAAGGCUAGUAAAAGAGACUAAAUCCAUGUGCCGAGUGGAAUCUUGUUCAGCAAUCAUAAACUUCCAAACUGCUUACCAUCAAUCCAUCAUUGAAGGGGUGCGCUGGUUGUUAGCUACCAUCGGGGAUAAAUAUGAAGAACUGUGUACUCGCCAACAACAAUAUGAAGUGGGAAUAUCAUCUACCUUAAGCAACCGAAUUUGCAAAGGCUUCAGAAGGCUUACAGGAAGACGCUAUUUUAGCAGAUUCUAUACCAGGCUGAAAGUAUCCAAAAAUAAAAGACUGGAUUUUUCACACCAUUCAGGGGAAGUUAAGCCUCUAAAGCCAAUUCUACAGAAAGAAGGUUUAAGAAUAAGGCCUAAAAAGAAUAUAUCAGUAACAUUUGCUUUAGAUGAACCGGUGGAGGAAGAAGAAUGUUCUGUGGGAAGUAAAGAUCAGAAUGCUACUGGGCUCCACUGUAGUCAAAAGGAUAACUGUAUUCCAGCUGCAUACAUUGAUGACUAUCUUUUUGAAGAUCCCAUAGAAGGAAAAAUAAUGGAUCCCUGGGAGAUAGAAGGACUGUUACUGGACAAUUCCUGUGAUGACUCCUUAAGUAUCUGUGAUUUUUAAGAGACUACCUACGUGAUAAAUAGAAGAAAGGCAAAAGGAACAUCUAAUAUCUAUCUUGUGGCAAAUGGGAUCUGUAGACUCAUCCUUACUAUUUCAUUUUCCAAAAUCUAUUUGAUAAUACCUCUCCACUCCCCCUACAACUCCACCUACCCUAACAUCGUAGUACUGAGAACUUUCAUUUUUCCUGAACAUCUAUAAUCUAGCCAUCCAAACAACCUGCCAUACCUACCCAGAGACUUAAAACAGCGGGAACAUCAAGGGAUAAGAAGGGGUAGGUGACAUCCAUCUGAGAAUUAAGAGAAACUUGGUGAAGAACAGACAAGCU